CCUGUAUACAUCGAGGAAAAAACCAUAAUCGAAACAAGAGCAUGCUUGCUGUCCUAGUCUCCUCUACGGGUACCUCUGCGCUGUUUUAGUCUGAGUGUUUGUGUUUCCGCUUUUGCACCGGAGGAGUUCGUGCACAUGCCAGUCGGGGACUUCGCUAACACCAUUUUUGGUACUUUUGCCUAGCACCUGAGUGAACAAUAAAACGAGGGAGUCAUUCGUGCGAACAGGCAGAGACCUUUGUAAAGGAUCUUGAUCAUGCGAACGUAUGUUUUCUGUAUGGCACCACUGGGCGUAAUCGAUGAACAACACACCUGUGCUUUCUCAGGUCUCCCCUUACGUUUUCCUUUUCGAUUUUCUCUCGUGGCAGAAAACACGUCUGCGCAAUAGUUCUUUUGUGUACGACCUUUUCGGUAAUUACUUAAUUUAUUUGAUACGCAUUAUGUUGCAUCAACAUCUUCCAGCAUAGGCACCAUGGCGUUCGUCCGUCGCGCGUCGCGGCACCGGGCGAGUUUAGGAGACGCCGAGUUCCCCUACGAGGCCGGGCGGUAUGUGCUCUACGUCUCCUACGCCUGCCCGUGGGCGAAUCGGGCCGCGCUGGUGGCGAAACUGAAAGGUUUGGACGAGAAAGUUCUUCCAGUCGUGUCCGUGCACCCGAUACGCAUUGCACAUGUAUUUGGAUCCUCUGAUGGAACAGGCCAACUUGUCAUGCCAAAUCUGAAUCAUGCAAAAAUCUGUGUUGCAUGAUUACCAAAAGCUGUGCCUUUUUUACCGACUUGAGAUGUGAUUUCUCAUGCAGGAAAUGCAUCACAAAGAUCCCACCGGAUCUGUCAUGCUAGGUCCUGGGGAUUCCAGUCCUCAUGGGUCACGUAAAACCUGCAUGACAAGUUGACAUAUUACCAGAGCACCCGCACAUACUUGCAAUGCAUACCCCACGUGGCAGCGUACGAAGCCGGGCGUGGACUCGCACUGCGGCUGGGUGUUCCGCGCGCCGGGGGAAGGGGUGGUCCCCCUCGCUCUCCUCGACAACGUCACCGCACAGGAGGGCAAGGUGGCUAAGGGUUCCGCACUGAACGAGGUCAGUGCGGCGGGCGAGGUGGGCAAGCAGACCGAAAUCCGCACGGCGAACUGCGGGGUGGACAGCUAUUCGGGCUGGAACUGCCGCACGCUGCGCGAACUCUACGAGAAGUGCGGGGAUUCGCUCGAGACCGGGGGAAAAUUCACCACGCCGCUGUUGUUCGACCGGAAACAGUAUGAAUUACAAAUAUGUCUGGGUCUGGAAGAGUGCAGACAUCUGUGAUGCAGUUUUUCCGCAGCCCAGAUCGUCUGGCAUGCAAGCCCUAGCAUCACAGAUUCCGAGUAGGUAUCCCGAUGCCUAAACCGCAUGACAAAUGCCCCCUUUCUGUAACAGGGAAUGGGGCCUUUUGCUGACUAUGCAUGGCAGAUUUUGUCAUGAUGUAGAAUUUGCAUCACAAAUUCGAAUCCAUCCAGACCCAGACGUAUUUGCAGGGGAUAGACAGCGCAAAAUCGUGAAUAACGAGUCCUCGGAAAUCAUUCUAUCAAGAAGAAACAUCCCCCCUCCCCAUAUCAAAUCGGAAAUCUGUGAUGCAGAUUUGUGGCCACAAAUCAGCUCAUUCAUGCUAGAAGGGAAAAGAUGUGGACUGUAGUGCUGGAUGGCGUAGGAAAGCAUUGCAUCUUCAGCAUGACAGGACGCAGCUGGAAGUGGGAAGCAGCAUGACAAAUUGCCUGCAAACGAGGCCACAACUGCGGCCCUUGGCCUUCUAGCAUUACAAGUCGAUUUGUGUACUCAAAUACAGCAUCACAAGUUUCGCUUUCGAUAUGGGGUGGGGAGAUUUUUCCUUUUGAUAAAUUCUGCAGCUGAACAACUGGCCGGCCGACGCGAGCAACGGUGCGACCACCGGAAGUGUGGACUUGUGUAUGAUCGGAAAUAGAGAAGGCGUCGCUUUGCAUUUUUGUAGACUGGAGGUAAAGCAGCUCCUGGUUUCGUUGCUGAGGACGAGAAUUUUUUUAUGCGCAAUAUACCGAUUCACUUUCAACACAGUCCGAAUUUCCGGUCGGAGUAGAGGAUCAAGAUUACCGUAGCAAAAAUCUGCACUAUCGCACAUAGAAAGUUGAGAAGCAAUCCUUUAUUUUCCCGAUCCAUACACGACCCUCUUCAUUUGAAGAAGGAUAUCGACGAGUGGAACGAGUUCACCUACGACCGCAUCAACGACGGCGUGUACCAGUGCGGGUUAUCCUGUGUGAAAACGUCUCCACCCCAUACUCAAGAUGGUAGAUCUGCUACACAAAUCAAGGAACUUUGUGCGGUUCGCAUGACAAAUUUUUAUAGACACCUAGUGCAGCAGUGUUUGGCUAUAUUAAGUACAACAAUACGCAUCACACGUUGACCGUCUGAUGCUGAUUAGAGCAUGACAAAUUCGUCCGAAACCGCACUAGAAAAUGCAUCUCAUCGGGCUGCGCAUGCGAAAGGUUUUCCGCAUGCACUUUCUGCAUGACGGGGACGUUUUUACCCAGCAUACUGCUUUGCGCGCACCCAGGUCGCGUACGACCGGGCGGUGGAUAAACUUGCGACCAGCAUGCAGAAGCUCGAGGACCGGUUUGCGGAGGAACCAAGCCGCGCGUUUCUGGUCGGCGACCAGCUCACGAUCGCCGACGUCCGGCUGUUCCAAACUUUAGUAUUAAAAUGAAAAAUGCCCCCUCCACCCCAGAACUUGGCAGCAUUUGUAUUGCAAACCUUUCCAAUACUAGAAACACUCCCUUUCCUGCAUAUACCAGCAUCGCAAAUUUUCCAUGCUGACUAGCCCAAAAUCUGUAUUGCAAAGAGCCCAGCACCCGCCGAAUCUGUUAUGCAGAAGAUACCUUGCGCACCUAGAAGAUUCUGCAUCAGAACCACUCGUAGUCCUUUCAUGCAAGACAAAGAGUUUUCAUUUGGAAACUUUGCAUCAGAAACUUUUGCAAAUUAUGGGGUGGGGGCGCUUUUCAUUGUAAUACUUGGUUCGCAUGGACGAGUGCUACGUGAUCUAUUUCAAGUGCUACGCCGCGAGUCUGCGAAAUUUCCCACUCCUCUUGCGGUACACCGCGCGGAUCUACCAGAUGCCCGAGGUCCAGGCGUGCACCUUUGUCCGGGACUGCAAAAUCCACUAUUUCACCUCGCACCCGCACCUGAAUGCGUUCGCCGUGGUCCCGCGGGAUUCACAGGUCGUCGAAUUGCUGGAGCAACCACCCGACACGCUGAUCUAAUAUCCACGGUACAGAGGACGGUUGGACUUGGAGGGAAGAAGGGCAAGGUUUGUCAUGCGGUGAAAGGUUGAUGAGGUUCUUUCGCUCAAGGAGAGACAGUUACAGCAAGUGUCUCUGAUUCGUUAGAACGCAUGCAUGAGUCGGGCAUUGGAAUCUCAUUUUGCAUCUUCCUUUUAGUUUUAUCGCAUGAUAAACUUCAUGCCUUUAUUCCGCCCCAGCACGUCGGCCUUUUCCGGACGAUACAGGCUCCAAGAGUGGCGCGUCGAAGGGUCUACUCGGCUUUUUGCGAGAUUUUUUCACAAAGCGAAUAUGUUGAGGGCGCAGUUCUUCCGCGGGAGUUGUGGCCGAAAGUGUUUCAGUUAAUUUCGAGAUAAACUACCAGUUUAAGAACCAACUCUGUCACGUGGCAAUGCUACCACCAGCACGGGCAAGAAUGCGCAGGGCCUAUUUUUCUUUUUGCGGUUGUGCUGGGGCUGCUAGUACAACUGCUGUGAUGGAACAACGAACAGGCAUGGCACAGGAUGACGCGGAACAAGCGCAUGGAUAGAAUUUACACGACUUUUUGAAGGAUAAGAAAAGUACAGACGGCGCGGUGAUACCGCUAGAGUUGUUCUUGAUACCAGUGGACGAAAGUGGUGAAGUUGUUGUAGCUACUUUGACCACUAGAAUAAGGAAUCAGAAUCCAACUACACGCUAGCCAUUGCUCGUACCACCCUCGCUGGAAUUCUUACGCUCAUCCAGCGCAUUUCGAUCUGAUGCUGGUCGGAAAAUGUCCAUGAAAAGCGUUUCAUGCAGCAAUACCGCGGUUUGGUGAAGGAAAGCCCUGCACUUCCAGUGGGUCCGGCUGUAGCAGUUUCAGAAUAGCGUUCAGAACGAGCGGAUGGCACUGUCGUUGAAAAAUUUUCUUUGCGGAGAUGUUUCGUGUCCAGAUUCCAGAACCACACGGCAGG